AUGAAGCUGUUCACCGCUGUCGCUUUGACGCUUUCCAUCUUUGCCGUCUCAACCACGGCUGCCCCCAUUGCGUCGCCCGAUGGUCUCGGUGAUCUCCUUGGAGGUUUCGGAAACAUCGUCCCCUUCGGUGACUUGACAGGGGCCAACGCUGCUGACACCGAGUCCCUCGCCUCCCCUUCCCUCUCCAACCCUUCCGUUGAAUCCACUACUGAUGCUGCCAACCCCGCCGCUUUGGCCCGUCGCGGUCUCGGUGGUCUCCUUGGAGGUCUCGGAAACGCCCUUCCCCUCGGUGGUUCGAGAGGGGCCAACGCUGCUGAUACUGAGUCUCUCGCCUCUCCUUCCCUCUCCAACCCUUCUGUUGAAUCCACUACUGACGCUGCCAACCCCGCCGCUUUGGCCCGUCGCGGUCUCGGUGAUCUCCUUGGAGGUUUCGGAAACAUCGUCCCCUUCGGUGACUUGACAGGGGCCAACGCUGCUGACACCGAGUCCCUUGCCUCUCCCUCCCUCUCCAACCCUUCUGUUGAAUCCACUACUGACGCUGCCAACCCCGCCGCUUUGGCCCGUCGCGGUCUCGGUGAUCUCCUUGGAGGUCUCGGAAACGCCCUUCCCCUCGGUGGUUCGAGAGGGGCCAACGCUGCUGAUACUGAGUCCCUCGCCUCCCCUUCCCUCUCCAACCCUUCCGUCGAAUCCACUACUGAUGCUGCCAACCCCGCCGCUUUGACCCGUCGCGGUCUCAUCCCCGUCGACAUCAACGCGAUCGUCGACGUGUUGGUCAAGGUCAACACCGAAGUAAUCGUCAAGGCCAUCACAGAACUCAAGGUCAACGUCUGCGCCGACAUCCGCUCCAAGCUCCACCUCGUCGCCCAGGGCGUCCUCACUACCGACACCGACGUCGUCAUCCCCAAGAUCUCCGCCAAGGUUGAUUCCGAAACCCGCGUCAUCGUCAACACAAAGGUCGACCUUGACACCAAGGCCAUCGUCCUCUCAAACAUUGGCGAGCACGCCCGUCAUGUCAUCCACAAGCACUGCCCCCACGAGGACGCCAUCUGUAUCUCCAAGGCUGCAGGCGAUAUUGUUGCCGAUGUUGAGGCCCUUGUCAAGUUGGAUAUUGACCGUCUGUUCAUUGCAUUGAAGACCAACUUGAUGAUCCAUGUCCGUGCCAAGCUCCAAGUCUUGAUCCGCGAGUUGGGUCUGAACUUGAUUGUUGAGCAAAUCCAUCUCCAAGGUUUUGUUGAUGCCGUCGCCGAUGUGGAUGUCCACCUCAACCUCUGCGCCCACGUUAUCGUCAAGGGUCUUCAUGUCACCGUCGUUGCCACGGCCGUCGCCGCCAUAAAGUCUCUUCUUGGGUUGUAA